AGCGUUUUAUUAUAGGUUAUAUCAAUUCAGUUCACUUCCCAUCCCAUUCCCACGUCCUUCUUCACGCGGCACGAUACCUUCAUCUCUCUCAGACCAAAUCCCUAAUCUCCAUCCUUCGCCUCUUCAUCUCUUUUCAGUCCCGUAGCCACACCCACCCACACCAGUCGCCAGUCCCACAGCCACCCACCGGCCACCCAUCGGCCACCCACCCUACCACCCACUCACCAAAGCCAGUCUCUUCUCUCCAUCCUUUGGCCUUUGCCGCUUCAGUUCCGCUGCCACGACCACCCACCCACCCAAUCGCCAGUCCCACAGCGACCCACCAGCCACUCACCCUGCCACCCACUCGCCAAAUCCAGAGUCUCUUCUCUCCAUCCUUCGCGUGUCUCUCUCACGGCCAUCGCUCACGUCUCUCUCUCAUAGCCGUCGCUCGCGAGACUCUUUUUACUUGUUUGCUCUAGUUUUCAGGCACUUUUUAUGAGAAAAUUCUGCCCAAGUUUUGUUGGAUUUUAGUUUACAAUCAUGUGGGAGUCUGAGAGUGAAUCUGUUGUUGGUCGAGAUUAUGGUAAUGGAGUUCUUAGCUCAAGCAAGCAUGGCAUCAAGACCGAUGGGUUUGAGCUCAGGGGCCAGUCAUGGUAUGUUGCAACUGAUAUUCCAAGUGAUCUUUUAGUUCAGAUUGGAGUUGUAUAUUUCCACUUGCAUAAGUAUCCUCUGCUUUGUCAGUGUGAAAAAAUGAACAGAUUAAUAUAUGAAUCACGCGACCCAGACCUGAGUAAAAUAGCAUUAGAUGAUCUCCCAGGAGGAGUUGAAGGAUUUGAGCUUGUAGCAAAGUUCUGCUAUGGAAUUGCUGUUGAUCUGACAGCAGCCAAUAUCUCUGGCCUUAGAUGUGCAGCAGAGUAUGUAGAAAUGACAGAGGACUUAGACGAAGUGUUGAAAAGCUGUGAGAAGCUCUCACCAUGGGCGGAGAAUCUCUAGAUUGUAAGAAGAUGCAAUGAAUCCAUUGCCUGGAAAGCUUGUGCAAAUUCGAGAGGGAUCAGAUGGGCAUACACUGGAAAACCAUCUAUG